GCUGGGUCACCCCUGGAGAUGACAACGAGCGCCUGAAGAGCUCGGUGCCCGAAUGGUUGCUGGAGGAUGAGCAUGCCUUUGCUUGGAGGGUCGUAUCGCUCCUUGGGAUGUAUACAGGGCUGAGCUUCAACAUACACGCACGGGACAUUGCUGAAGGCCCUGGCAUUACCUACUUCUCCUUGUGCUUUACUGGGGCGGACUACUCCCAGCAUCCUGAAGAACAGCAGCCGGAUGAUUGGGAAGAGCGCCUGAGCUGCGGUCACAUCUUCGUGGGCCCGCAGUAUACAGUGGACCUGCUCCGGAGCGGCGAGGUGGCCAUGGUGUCUGUGGAAAACCUCAAGCACAUUGUGGUUGCGGAGUCUUUGUGUGACUUCCUGAUGCUUCUGAAGCUAUGGCUGGCUGAGAUGUUGCCUAAGGCUGAGGAUCUGCACAAGGCUGCGAUCUCCCGGAUGAAGACUGGGACCGGAGGGCCAAGCCACUCUGCAUAUUUGGUGGAAGAAGGGCUUCGCUUUACAGCGCUCCCCGACUUCAUUCUCGGGCGCCUGCCUCCAUCACUUCAGGCCAAAAGAGCUGCGGAGGCCGCGAAGGUGUCUCCACGCAAAAAAAAGCGCGCUCAGUUCUGCUGCCACAGCUGCUCCAGAGCUCUCCCAAGGGAAGCCUUGCGUUGCUGCACCUCCUGCGGCGAGGAAAACGACUUCGCCUACUUCUGCCGGCGGUGCUGCAAAGAUGGUUCGUGGUGCUCGAAAUGCAACAGCUGCUUUCAGUGCUGCGACCUGAGUCACACUGUGGAAGACACUAGUUAG